AUGGAACUAUAAAUACGACUCCAGCGUCGACGUUUUUAAUCGUGGAAAAUCUCAAUCUCAGAGACAGGAGACAAAGGUAAAAAAAAAGGAAGAGAGAGCUCAGUGACUUGUUGAAGACUAAUCCACAAAUGGCCGUCAAAGUGUAUAUUGUGUACUAUUCCAUGUAUGGUCAUGUAGAGAAACUUGCAGAAGAGAUAAAGAAAGGCGCUUCAUCUGUUGAAGGUGUUGAAGCCCAAUUAUGGCAGGUUGCCGAGACGCUACCACAGGAGGUGCUCAGCAAGAUGAGUGCACCACCAAAAAGUGAUGUACCAAUCAUUACACCCCAAGAACUUGCUGAAGCUGACGGGUUUGUCUUCGGCUUCCCAACAAGAUUUGGAAUGAUGGCUGCUCAAUUCAAGGCAUUUAUGGAUGCAACUGGCGGUCUUUGGAGGGCCCAACAGCUUGCAGGAAAACCUGCUGGGAUCUUCUAUAGCACCGGUUCACAAGGUGGUGGCCAAGAGACUACAGCGUUGACAGCAAUCACUCAGCUUGUUCACCACGGGAUGAUCUUUGUCCCCAUUGGAUACACGUUUGGCGCUGGCAUGUUUGAGAUGGAGCAGAUUAAAGGUGGAAGUCCCUAUGGUGCUGGAACUUUUGCUGGGGAUGGCUCAAGACAGCCAAGUGAGCUUGAAUUGAAGCAAGCUUUCCACCAGGGGAAGUACAUUGCCAACAUCACAAAGAAGCUCAAGGGAAGUGCUUAAAUACAUUCGGAUUUAUACCAUAAACACAUUUACAUGGCCUUUUUCUACCAUUCUUUUCGCUUUCAGAAUUUAUAUUUCCUAUAUCUCUUAAGGUUUGCAAACAAUAAAUUCUCGCUUCAAUUCGUAUAUGAUUUGUACGCAUGUAAUACAUACAGUUGUUUUCCUCGGCAGUAAAGUUGUUUCAGGUUGCUUUGUGUUGGUAAUUUAA